GUAUGUACCACUGUGACCAGAAAUUACCAUUUUGUCUCUUUACAGUUUUUUUUUUUAAUUUCUUUUUCUCUCCUUUUCAAAAGUAUAAGAGUAUAAGGUGGUUUUGGUAGGUCUUAGACUAUUUUACUCUCUAAAGUGAGAUUCUAUAGACUGUGAAAAAGCUAUUGGGAAAUUAUCCAGAUUACUCAAGUGAUUUAGAAUACAUUAACUUCCUAAUAUUGUAGGUGAAAAACAGACUGGAGUGUGCUUGUUUUUAUUUCAUUUUCAUGCUUGAUCUAUCACAACUUUAGAGUAGCCUGUAAGAAGUUUCUCUUCAUAUCAGAGUUACAGUUGCGACAUAAAACCACGAGAAAAGACAAGAAAGAUACACCAUAUGGUUAUUUAAAGAUAAUAUUGCCAUUGAUAAUGCUCCAUAAUUAUCAUUUCUCUUUUGAUUUUAAGAAACUGCAAAUAUAUUUUGUACUCGUCUUGAAGGAACAUAAAAAAUACCAGUACCAUAUAAAUUGUUUCUCCUAUUUGAUGAUGUUUGGUCAGAAAACUGUCAUUGCAGAGUCUUCUGGCAGUAGUAUGUUGUAAUGAGAUAGAAAGUUCUAGUAGUGGGUAGAAAGUCUUUUGCUGGGUGUAGAAUACUAUGGUAAAAUCUUAUUUUAAAAGCCAAUAAUAUUUUAAAUUACAAUAAACAGAAGUCAAAAUGGAUAAAAUCUUGUUGUGGAGUCUCCUGUUGAUUUUUUUUGGAAGUCAAGCCUCAAGAACCUUGGCUCAAAAAAAUACUGAAUUUGCAGUGGAUCUUUAUCAAGCUAUUUGCUUAUCUCACAAGAACAACAUUGUAUUUUCCCCGCUUGGAACAACUUUGGCUCUUGGAAUGGUACAACUGGGAGCAAAAGGCAAAGCACUUCAGCAAAUAAAACGAACUUUAAAGCUGCAGGAAACCCCAACUGGAGAAGAAUUUUCUGUGUUGAAGUCAUUUUUCUCUGCCAUCUCAGAGAAAAAACAAGAAUUUACAUUUAAUCUUGCCAAUGCCCUCUACCUUCAAGAAGGAUUCACUGUGAAGGAACAGUAUCUCCAUGGCAACAAGGAGUUUUUUCAGAGUGCUAUAAAACUGGUGGAUUUUCAGAAUGCAAAGGCUUGUGCAGAGACAAUAAGUACCUGGGUAGAAAGCAAAACAGAUGGAAAAAUUAAAAACAUGUUUUCAGGGGAAGAAUUUGGACCCCUGACUCGGCUUGUCUUGGUGAAUGCUAUCUAUUUCAAAGGGGAUUGGAAGCAGCAAUUUAGAAAAGAGGACACACAGCUGAUGAAUUUUACUAAGAAAGAUGGUUCAGCUGUCAAAAUUCCAAUGAUGAAGGCUCUUCUGAAAACAAAAUAUGGUUAUUUUUCUGAAUCCUCCAUGAAAUACCAGGUUUUGGAAUUGCCUUAUAAGGAUGACCACUUUAGUUUAAUCAUCAUACUUCCUGCAGAAGAGGUGAACAUAGCAAAAGUAGAAAAAUUAAUUACUGCUCAACAGAUCCUGAAAUGGUUCUCUGAGAUGCAGGAAGAAGAAGUUGAAAUAAGACUCCCUAGAUUUAAAGUGGAACAAACACUAGACUUCAAAGAAGCUUUGUAUUCAUUGAACAUAACUGAGAUAUUUAGUGGUGGCUGUGACCUUUCUGGAAUAACAGAUUCAUCUGAGCUGUAUGUUUCUCAUGUCGUGCAGAAAGUUUUCUUUGAGAUAAAUGAAGCUGGCAGUGAGGCUGCAACAUCAACUGGCAUACAUACUCCUGUGAUCAUGAGUCUGACUCCAAAUCAAUUUAUAGCAAAUCACCCAUUUCUGUUCAUUAUGAAGAAUAACCCAACAGAAUCAAUUUUGUUUAUGGGAAGGGUGACAAAUCCUGACACCCAAAACGUGAAGAGAAGAGACUUAGAUUCAUUGUAAAUGAGAAGCACAGCCUCAGAAUACAAGAGUGUUCCUGGAAAAGAGUUGAUUUGCAAAAUAUCAUCAAUUUGAAAAUAUCUUCUUGGUAUCAUUUUUCUCUUUAAAGCUAUGCCUGUAUUAACCUGUAUUAGUAUAGCCCUGUAUUAAUGAAUGAGUGAAUUCAGAUA